CUUGACAGACAUUUGGUUCAUGAAUUUUCAGUGCUCAGAUUUUGUCAGUGUCAUUUAAGGCUCGCAAUUUCUUCUAAAGAUUUGGCGAGGUAGCCUUGAAGAAAUCAGUUUUAUGUGUUUGAAUUUUCUAAUGCCCCGUUGGUGUAAGAUUAUUCAUUCGAGAUAGUUUAUUUUGAUCUUGAAAUGGUUACAAUAUGUAAAUAUUUCCACUCAUGUAAACCUGUCAAGUAUUUUCGUUUUCACGAUUAAAGUAAUGCGAAUUGUCAAAGGAAACUGUGCAUAAUGUAGUUAAACCCUAGAAGUUUUUACUGGAUGGGUGGUUGACUUUUAUUACAUUUUACCAAGGACAUGUACAUAAUAAAUCAUCGUCACUCACGCCAUUCGUCAAUAUCUGCGAGCUCCAGAACAUGCUCUCCUGCUGGCGAUGAACACCUGACCAAACCAUGGAGAAUCGUGGUGGAUGGAGUCAUGGCGUAUCAGGUGCUGCUGGAAAUGUUACGGAUGAUUCACAGGUGGAUCACGAUCGAGUACGGAAGGAGUUUUACGCCACCUACGACGUCAUGACGGGUGUGCGCAUAGCCGCUACACUUGGCGGCUUUUUCGCAUUAAUGGUUUUUUUGAUCGUCUACAAAAGCCGAAGUAAAUCGGUGAAGGCUUUAAAUGAUCCAAAACUCGUCGAGCUUGCUGAAGCCGUUGUUGCUGAAGAACAAGCAGUUGAAGAAGAAAGACAACUUACAGCUGCUCUCGAAGAAGCACUAUCAGAGCGAGCGCGGUCCCGUCCUUCCAUUGGCGAAGAGCCACCUUGGCCACGGACCGCACGUUUUGCAUCGUAUGGCGGUGGCUAUGGUAGUUUAUUGACACCCCCACGACGGCUUUCUACAGCCCGUGGCGAGUCUCUGCCUGGAUCCGCGUUACGAUUCGCAGAGCGUCGCGCAUCUGGAGGGCCACGCGACCGUCGGCUUAGUUCGGUCACUUGCUCCAGCUCCGGAAGUUCAUAUCUAGAACGACGGGGUUCUUCAGUGGUCUGUGCAUUGCCGGAAAGGCGUUUGUCGCCUUGCCCAAGCGAGCGCCUAGCCCCGUUGGCGUCAGUCGGUAGCGUAGGAACGUCCUACGCUGUGGAAUGUGAAUUAGUGUCAGUUGGUGCGGACUCCGUAUUCGCUGAGGACGAUGACUCCACCGAUGAUGAGGUGGAACAGUUUUCGACUGACAGCGGUGGAGGUGAGCACGGCGUAGGCGCGGUAGGCGGCGAGAGCACGGAGCUCUCAUGCCGACCUGCGCCGCCGCUUCGCAUUGACCGGGUGUCACAGUCGCGGGAAACGUUGUUUUAGUCGCCGUCGUAACUCGUUGGCCGUUGAUGUUACUCUCACAUUAAAAUAUCGACUUUUCAAAAAAGGUUUAGUAUAAUGUGGUUUUUUAAACAUAUCACGCAGAUCUUGUAAAUUUUGACAUAUCAUUUUAAAUUGACCAAAUGGGGACAAAGUUGUCUCAAUAAAUA